AUGGCGGCCUCCACCGCCUCACACCGGCCGAUCAAGGGGAUACUGAAGAACAAAAGCUCCACUGGUUCCUCAGUGGCUGCCUCUGCCCAGCAGUCGGGAGGGACAAUACAGGAGGUCCAGAGAAAAAAGUCCCAGAAAUGGGACGAAUCCAACAUCCUGGCAACACACCGGACUGCUUAUAGAGACUAUGACUUCAUGAAGAUCAAUGAGCCCAGCAGCCCCUACUUCAGCCCGCAAGACGAUGGAGAAGAUCCAGUGAAUGAUUCUGAAGCAAAGGAAGCCAUGACCCCAGACAACUUAGCCAAGAAAUUCGCCGCCAGUGGUACCUCGGAAUUGAACUGCCAGUUGGGAGAGCCGGACAGUGACGGAGCACACAGCAGCAAGAUCCUUCUCGACAAGCAAGAAAAGCAGCGGCAGUUCGAAAUGAAAAGGAAACUACACUACAACGAAGGCCUAAACCUCAAGCUGGCUAGACAACUCAUCUCCAAAGACCUCCAACACGAGAAAGACAAGGAUGACAACGAAGAAACUCUACAUGGUGACAAUAAAGAAGACAACACUGCUGCGGAAGAAUCCAGCGAAGUUCCUACAAAUGACGAACUGCAAUCCCAGGCAUUCUGCACCUAG